AUGCGUGCCGUCUACCCCGCCAUCGGGUUGGCGGGAACGGCAUCCCAGGAUCCGUCGAUAUCGACUCCCCUCCCAGUGCAGCAGACUACUGAUACUGUGGCGCCGGGGCCAAUCUCGGGAGUCCACAUGCCCUGGUCGUACGCGAUGGAGGACGACCGUACCUUUCCCCAGCGUGCCUCUGGCAGCACCGUCAAGCCCAACCCGACUACGGAAGCCACUCAACGCGUAGCUGGUCCCAACCUCUUUCGGGAUGGAGAGAAUGUUCAGUUCAUGUGGGCAGACAAAGUCCUGGAGCACAGCUUCUCGGACAAUGUGCUGCGCCUGAAGGUGGUCACUCUGCACCAGACGCACCGCACUGCUCAGACCCAUGAUUCGGUAAUGCACCAGUUCAUCAAGGAAGAAGAUUCCUUCGGCCAGCUCGUCUUUGAGGUCUUCUUUAUAACUAAUCACAUUUUUCGUGUGCGUUAUGCUGGCCAGCAGAGCAUUCUGGAUGCCGUGAACGAUGACCCGGCUUUCCCACCUCCCGAAGCACGCAUGUUGUCGAAUAUCCCCAAGAUCGUCCCCUCAACCUUCUCUCUGAAUGCCGAUAACGGCAAUAUGGAGCUAUCUACAUCCAGCGUCCGCGUGAUUGUGCAGCCGAGCCCCUUCCGCCUGCUCGGAUACCUGACAGGCGCAACUACCCCGUUUUGGAAACAGCGUCUCAGCGAUCUAUUCACCAGCGAUGUCAUUCCUUGCUCGAUUGCUUCCCACCAGAGUCGCGAGGCUGUCUUCGAGUCUUUCACUCUUGAUCCACAGGAGCAUGUUUUCGGUCUCGGCGAGCGCUUCGACAGUGUAGAGCGCCGCGGUCGCCCGGUGGACUUUGUCAACCACGACGCUAUUGGCACUAGCAACACUCGCACUUACAUCAACGUUCCCUUCUUCUGGAGUACGAACGGCUACGGCUGUUUCGUGAACUCGAUCGCCCGUACCGAAUGGGAUAUGGGCAUGAGCGAGGCUGGUAGCAUUGGCUUCUGCACUGAGGAGAAUUACAUGGACUACUUCAUUCUGGCUGGCCCUUCUCCCAAGGAAAUUCUGUGCAGGUACACCAACGACCUCACCGGUACUGCGCCCAUUCCUCCCGUCUGGUCUUUCGGUCUCUGGCUGAGCCGGAACUCCUAUCAAAACUGGGAUGUCGUCCACGAGAUUGUCAAGAAGGCCGAGGAGGUUAACCUUCCUUUCGAUGUGAUUCACCUCGACACGGCCUGGUUUCAAGAGGACUGGAACCCCGAUCUCAAGUUCGGUGACCGCUUCCCCGAGCCCGAGAAGCACAUGGCGACCCUGAAGGAGCAGGGCAUUCGCACCUCCCUGUGGCAGUACAACUUUGUGCCUCCUAGAGAAGACAACUCGCUCUUUGUAGAGGCUCGUGAGGGUGAUUUCUUCGGACACGCUAUCAAGCCCGAUGGAACCCGCAGCAAGGACUUUCACUAUUACCCUAAUGACACCACCGGUUGGAAGACCGACGAUCUGGUCAUUGAUUUCUCCAACCCUGAAGCCGCCGACUGGUACGGCAAGAAGAUCGAGCAUCUGAUCGAGCAAGGCGCAUCUGCCAUCAAGACUGAUUUUGGUGACUGCAUCCCCGCCGAAGCUUCCUACUUUAACAUUGAGGGACGUCGCUUCAACAACCUCUAUAGUCUGGUCUAUAAUGCUGCCGUGCGCAAGCACGUGCUGGAGGUCAGCACCGACACUGCUCAGUGGGCCCGUAGUGGAACUGCAGGCAGUCAGCGCUACCCUAUUCACUGGGGUGGUGACUCUCAGUGCUCCUGGUCCGCACUGCAGGGUAGUCUGCGCGCCACCCUGUCAAUCGGGCUGAGUGGCUUUGCUUUCUUUAGCCACGACCUUGGCGGCUUCAUCGGAAAGCCGACUCCUGAGCUCUACAUUCGUUGGGCCCAGCUGGCUGUCUUCAGCAGUCAUGUCCGCUCUCAUGGCGCUGGUGACGAGAACGGUCGCGAGCCCUGGUUCUUCGGCGAGCAGGCUGUUGAGAUUGUGGGCGCCUUCAUGCGCCAGCGCUACCGCAUGCUGCCUUAUAUCGUUGAGCAGGCUCAUGUCAGCACUACAACCGGUCUGCCCAUGGUCCGUGGGCUUGUGCUCGAGUAUCCCGAAGAUCGCAACGUCUGGGGCAUCGAAGGUCAGUACAUGUUCGGAUCCGAUCUGAUGGUCGCCCCGACCCUGCAGCCUCUGGCCGAGGCCAGUAAGCACGCUAUUUAUCUUCCUGCUGGCAUCUGGUACGACUUCUGGGACAAGAAGAAGAUUCUCAGCCGCGGCGAGUGGGUCGACUUUGACAUAGCUCCUCUGGACCGCAUUUAUGUCUUUGUCAAGGCGGGUGCCAUGCUGUGUUGGGCGUCUGACCGCAAGCGCACCUUCAACAAGGUUGGGGCCAUUGAGAGAGUUGAGAUCUAUGGUCAGCGCGAGGGUGCCUGGUCUUGUGGCGAUGGCCAGGCCUCUGUUGUUGAUGUGAUUCGCGGCGAGAGCGGGUACAGUGUUGUCGGUCGGGAAGCCGUCAAGAGAUUCGGAAUCGCCAUCUUUUCCAAGAGCUGA